GCAUGUUUAUAAUAGCGUAUGUAAUAAUACGAAUUAAGAUGGCUAAAUUUUGAUUAGAAGACUGCAACAAAUAAGAUAAGCAUUUUCUCGUGCAUUCGUAAAACCAAUGUUUUGUAAAGUAAUAAACCUAGAAAGUAAUUUAGCUCAGCAUUGUUUAAUGAAUAUCGUUAAAAAAUGUAUAAGUGAGACAUAUUGGAAUGCAACGAAUUUAGUCGAUCACAUACGUCUCAUCAAACAAUUUCGUGGUUUUUUUCAAUCUAUACGAGACAGAGGGAAAUCAACAUUUUGAUUGAUAUUCAUAUUAAAUAAUUUUAAUAGUUGUAAUCAUGGUUGAAAAUCCUAAUAAUUGUGUCCUGGAAUGGUCAGGCCAUGCAGGAUAUGUAACCGAAAGAUUCAAUGGAUUAUUGGCAAGUCAGGCACUCGUAGACGUUACUCUUGUGUGUGAAGAUCAAAAGCUUCGUGUUCAUAAAGUGGUUUUAGCUUCCAAUAGCACGUACUUUGAGGAAAUCCUGCAACAAGACCUGGGACAUGAACCUAUAAUCUUACUCAGAGAUUUAAGUUUUAAAGUAUUGAAGGCGAUGGUGGAAUUUAUGUAUCGAGGAGGAACGACUAUAUCUCAUGAAAAUUUGCCAUCCUUGUUAACUGCCUCAAAACUUUUUAAAAUAAAGGAGUUGGCAUGUAUAAUAGACACGGUAAUGAAAACACAAAAUUAUAGCAGCACUACUGAAAGUGUAACUCAAUUGCAUAAAAGUGAUAACGAAUCAUAUAUUAAUAAUAAUAAUAAUAAUAAUAAUAAUAAUAACGUUGAAAAACAUUGUUACGUUAACGCAAAAAAUGAUCUAACUAGUACAAAAUAUAAUUUUGAUAAUACUUUUAAACACGAGUUAUACGAAGAUUCGUACGAUAGCGAAAAUAACAACAUACAACAGAAUAAUACUACGAAUACUUUAUUAACGGAAGGUUUUAAAGAAAAUACACAAGAUAAGUUGUGUGCUAUAUUAAUAAACGACAAAGAAAGUUUAGAGAAUUAUCAUAAAAAGAUGAGUAAUAUGAAAACAAAUGAGGAAAUUUUAGAUUUAAGUAAAGAAACAGUAGAACCUUCUUUAAUAGAAAAUGUAUUAAUGAAAGAUCAUAAAGAAAAUAUUCAAGACGAAUCGUAUAAUAAAUCAAUACACGAUAAGGAAAGAUUAAAUAAUUAUAUAAAAAUGAAUAAUGUUAAGAUAAAUGAUGAAACUUUAGAUAAAGAUAUAGAAGUUAAACCUUUAUUAUAUGAACAGUGCUGUGAUGUUUUAGAUUUAACAGUAUCUAAGAAAUAUUCAGCAACCUUGCCGCAGUGUGCCCAAGAUAUUAAAUUAGAUGUCGCACAAAAUGUGAUCGAUAAUACGCCUGAUAAAAUAGGUAAAUGUAUCAAAGUUUAUACACAUAAAAAGCGAAAACCAGUGAUCAAUACAAAGGAUGAAUUAACACACCUAAACAAUUUGGUACCAAAUGAUACCAAUGCGGUAUCUUCUACUAAUUCUAUUGAUUUAUCGGAUGUGCAGUCUAGUAAUAGUAUACCGGUUACACUAUUAACACCCCUGGAUAUGGAAUGUGCUGAAUAUCUUUUUGGUUUAGAUAGUGAAUAUAUGCAAUCUGUGGCAGAAGGUAUGAUAAAUGAGCAACGAUCUUUAAUGAAAUUCAUAAACGACAAAGUACAACAAAUAGAAAAACCGGUUCUUAGGAGAAGCGUUAGAUUGAACCAACAAGAAAGUGAAGAUUUAACCAACAAUGCUAUAACAUUAAAAAAAUCUAUAGUAACCAAGAAACUUUUAGAUAAAACUAAUAUUCCCAGCAAAAUGGAAUCUUUUUCUAAAAGAAAACGUAAGAUAAAGAAAAGUGGUCGAAAAGCAAUGGAUCAAAACGUCAAUAACAUUACACGAGACAAUAGAAAAUGUUUGAACAAUCUACAUGCUACCAAAAAUUCUUCCAAAACUCAAAUCAAGAAGACCAUUAAUAAAUCCGAUUCAAAAUCUAAAACGAGUAACAAAGUUAAGUGCGAAAUGACGACGGUCGAUGACAACAUAGAUAAGAUGAACAUUUCCAUGGAAUUGUCGUCUGGUUUCCAACAAAACAAUGUAGGUCAAAUCAAUCGAGCUUUAUGGGGUGAUAUGUCGGAUAUCAUGGAACAUAGCAGUGGUAUCAUGGAUUUAACCGAUUACAGACCAAACGGUGAAAUCCCGUUUGCGGUUGGUUUGUUACCUUUGCGUACAGCGUUAGAAAGGAUGCAAGCAACACCAGAUUACCAACCACGUAAAACUCGCUCGUUUUUUGCACCAGUGAAACAAGAAAUAAAUAAUCCUCAUCAUCAUUAUCAUUAUCAUCAUCACAAACGAAAAAAUUCCUCUUUGGAAUCUAACGUCUUAGGUAAGAAGACAAAUUUAAAGAGCAUUGUUCAGGAUGACAAAACCAACACUGUUUGUCAUAUACAAAUAAGAGCAGCGCCUUCACAGUAUAUUAAACGUAAAAAAUUUCUUACUGAUCAUAUUACUGGUUUAAGUUCGGAGACCUUAGUAAAUAGACAAUGACAAACAUUAAUCCAGAUUUUUAGUCAAAUUUAAAAUUUCGAACGCGUUUAAUCCUCUCUUUUCUUUUUUUUUUUUUUACGUAAUGCAUACAAUGCAUUAUGAGACGAUGUACAAAAUCAAAGAUUUUACUUAUGUAAUUUAAUUGAACUUUUUAUCUAUAAAUUUCUUUUUUUCUUCUUCUUCUUUUAAUUUUCUUUUCAUUUUUUUUUCUUUUAAAUUUUAUUUCACUUCAUAAUUUUAUUGGAAUCAUCCGUCAGUACUUAUGUAAAGAAUUUAUUUAAAAAAUAAAUCAUUGAAGAGCUCACAAUUAAAUAAUGUAAUGUAAAUAAUAAAUAUAUACAAAUUUUCGAAUUUUUUUCAUCGUCGUCAAACUACGAUUAUCUCAAGCGUUUAUUUU